AUGUCCAAAAAUUUGUCCCGAUUUCCACCCAACAGCAGUCUCGGUAAUACAGACAACGAUUCCUAUGUGGGUCAUAUGUGCUACUGUCCGAUGCACCUCGACCUCUCAAGACCCAGAGAGUCCGUGGCAGACUGGGUUGGGUCAGGCAAGUCUCUCCUUCCCGGCCAAGCCGUCUCGCUCGUGACGUUUGAGGAUGGCACUUCCACUCUCAUGUGUGAUGGUUGCGGUAUGAGCGCAAUCAGGGCUGCUGUGGGCGAUCCUGAACCUGAGAAAGAAAAACCAAUCGUUGGGAGUGUUACACGAGAAGACAUGGAGACCGCUGGCAUCUAUGAAGACUACAGAAGCACGUUUCGGGACGCGGCCUCAGUCACACCGGGUGCUGUAGACCCAAAUGGAGAGCUGUAUCCAUGGGCAAUUGACAAACCUGUUUUCAAGAUUGACAAAGACUCCUUUACCGAUGCAGCCAGUGUGGCGAGCGCUGUCCAAGAGUUCAACCGACGUCAUCUGGUAGACCCAUCGCGUGAAAAGAUAGCUAUGGGAAUGGCCACCCACUAUGAAAUGAUGACCAGCAGGCGUGGCGGCUGA